GAAGGAGGAACGGAAAGAGAAAGGGCUGGGCAGCCAUCGGGUGCGCUCUUGCCCCAAUCCAGAUCCAUCCUUGCCCCAGGCGGCCCUGGCAGCGGCCCGGAACCUGGCAGCGGCCCAGCCGGGAGCCCCAAGGAGCCGAGGGGGCCAGCAUUGCAAGUCGGCGGCAGCUCCAUGAAAGGCGCCGGGGCCGCCAAAGGAUCCAGGGCCCGGACUGGCUGCUUGAGCCCAGCCAGGAUGCUUCUGCCGAGCCCCUCCGCCGGCCCUGGGAUCUAGGCACGGGGAGCCGGAGCGGGGGGCAGCCGGGGAGAGAAAUCUUCUGGGUGGUGUUUUGCAGAAAGAAAGAAAGAGCAGAAAGAAAAAGCACCCGAGCUUUUGUUCCCCCGAUUCUCCGGCUGCGAUUUUUUCCCCCCAGCCACAAAAGCUGCUUUCUUUGCUGGGGGAGGGGAUGUGCAAAGCUGAUCUGUAACCUUGCAAAGUCUCUCCAAAAAUCCUUUAUUUUAUGUUUCUGGAAAGAGGGCUAGUGCAAAGUUGGUGUGUCUUUUUUUUUAUUCUCCGCGCUAAGCGUGCAUCAUUUAUUUAUUUAUUUUUGAAGCCGAGAGCUGGGGUCAUUCAUUGGUUUGGAGGAGGAGGAAGUGGGGGGGGGGGGAAGAAGCCUGCUUGGCCGCCCUAUGGCUCGCUCCCCUAGCAAAGAAAGGCUCUGGAAACAGACUUUGAUGAAAAGAGAGAAACUGGGGUCUGCAUGAGUCAUUCCUCCAAUACCAAAAGUCAGUAUUGCAAGCUGUUUCUUCCAGGUUUCUUUUUCUUUGAAGGAUGAAUUUGUGAUUAUUAUUUUUUAUGUUGCAUUGGGGCUUGACCCCUGGGGAGCAAGCCAAUGGCAGUUUUUUAAAUGGCUAAGAGUACAUUUUCCAAGCUACCUCUCAGGAUCUCUCAAAAUAAGAACAGUUAUUGCCACCAUCACUUGUUUUUGAAGCUCUGCUUGUUCCUUUGUGGCCUUUUGGAGAGGGCUCAGCCAUGUUGAGAAUCCCCAAAGUUGGGCCUCCUGCCCCUGGACGGGCCCCCUCUGCUCUUGGACCCCCCCAGCAGCAAAAGAAAGUCAUGCCUGUGAUCACCUCUGCAGAACUGGUGGUCUCCAACCUCAGCAGCCCCCAGAUGCGAGCUCUCCCAGCUACCUAUUUCACUCAGGUGUACCCUCAGACUGCUGUGGUUGCCCCAUUGCCUAGGGGCAGCUGCCUUUAUGCCACCCCCCAUGGACCCGAGAUCAAAACCAUGCGAUCUGCUUCCACUGGAAAACUGCCGGUAAUACCGCUUUCCUUUUUCUCUUACUUUUCCUUUCUGUUUCUUUCCCAGCGUGUUGGCUUCUGACACCACUGUUGCACCUUUAUAUGGAUGCAACAAUGUGGGUAGGGUUGGGGGGCUGGUGGUUGGCACUGGGUUGCACCUGGCUGUGCAGACCCAAGGAACAAGGUGUACUUCUGCCAAUAGCUCCAAAGCCAAGGCUACUUUAUGAAAAUCUUAAUUGCUGGGUGGGCUUUGUGGGGUUAUGUUGUAUGGGGGCGUGCCGGUGGAGGUGUCCUUUGGGCUAAAGCCCAAAGAUUCGUGAAUCUCAAUACAGUACAUUGUGGCUCAUGCCAUUUCUUAACUUCCCUGUACUUUGCCCUACAACACUUCUCCUUUUUGUUAUUGCAGAAAUCCUAACGCUGCUACGUCAUGCAGAAUGCCAUCUGUGACACUAAAAGGAUAGGGGAAGCAUCUUUAAAAACAAGAUGCUAAGGAGAAGAAUUUCAUGUUGCAAAAUUCCUCUCCUGCCUUGACAUGGCAGUUUGAUACAUUUCAUCAACUAUUUCAGCCGAGUUGAGCCCGUCCUCAGUGAAUCAGUUCCAGCAGCCUUAAUCUUUUCCCCCUUUUCCUUUGAUCAAAGCCUUGUCUCUUCCGCCACUCACUCUCUGGAAGAGUUCUGAUUUUGACAGAGCUUUUACCUGAUUCGAUAGCCUCCGGUGCAUGAAUCUAAAGAACCAUGCCUAAGUUUGAUGCUUCCUCUGGCAAAGGAAUCAUAGUAAACUGGGCCAUUGGCCCAUCUAGCUUAGGAUCGACUGGCAGGGGCAUUUCCCAGCCCUACCUAGAUAUGCCAGGGAUUGAAUGUGGGACCUUCUCCAUAAAAGCCAGAUGUUCUUCACCAAGCUGCUCCCCAAAAGGGAAAAACAGUUAGAAGGAGUUAAGGAAAAGCCCAAAGGCCCACCUAGUCCAGCAUCUUCUUUUCACAGUGGUCAACCAGGUGUCUUUGGGAAGCACACAAGCAGGAACUGAGCGCCACAUCUCUACUUUCUUCACUUCUGAUUCUCAGCAGCUGAUAUUAAGAGGUGUGCUAUCUCUGGCAUUGGAGGUAGUGCGCAAUCAUUGUCACCAUUUAAAUAGGGGAUGUUCAACGGUGCAGGAGUCUUGCGCUUGGCGCAGUGAACGAUGAGGAUGUUCUUUAAGAAAAAAAUAGUUGUUGUGUCAGUGCGUUUUUGUGAGCUGGGGAUUGUGCCCUCUGGCCAAGUUUUUUUGCACUUCUGGUGUGCGCUGCUUUUGUGUGGGUGUGAAUUGAAAUCGGAAGCACUCUGGUCCCAAGACAGGGCUGGACGGAAGCACCCAGCAUUGCCAGAUGGACCCUGAGGACCUACGGGUGCCUGUUUCCCUUUUCUUUGCUUUUCCAAGGGAUCUGGGAGUUGGGUCUAGCAGAAUUAAUCUGAACCUUGAGAAGCUCGUAGAGCAGAAAGAGGAAGUGGGGGAAAGUUUUGCACUUCCAGCUUCCUCCUUCAGCUCUACUUUCUGGUCAAGAGAGAAAAAGGUAAGCAGCCUCUGCCUGAUGACUGAGAGGGCAGUGGGGUGAGGGCCUCAUGGGCACCAUGGAAAAAACUCAAGGGGGCCAUUGCACCCAUGAACCCUGCAUUGAGAACCCCUGCCGUAAGAGCAGGUGGGUUAAUCCAGGUGAGCAAAGCAUUCCUCCUAGAACACCCACCCAGAUCAACCUCUUAGCCUUUGCAUGGUAGAUCUACUUGCAAUCAUCCUGAAAGCGGUUGCUGUGAGAGCUGAUGUAGUGUUGUGGCUUUGACUUGGGUUCAUGGGCCCUAGUUUCAGUCUUGUCUCUGCCAUGAGUUCAGUAGGUGAACAUGUGAGCCUUGCUGUGUUGGGUUAAAGCAGCUUUGGCCAGCCUGAUGCCCUCCAGAUGUUUUGGACCAACUGCCAUCAGCUCUGACCGUUAGCUGUGAGACUGAUGGGAAUUGCAAUAGAAAAAGACUGGAGGACAUCAGGUUGGUGAAGGCUGGACUAAGAGAUGGCUUCAUGGGUCAUGGUGUUCCCUAACUCCUUCAGUUCAUCACUAGCCAUUUCCCACAACACACAAUGAAAAAAAUAAGACUAGCUCUGCUAGCUCAAACCAAAGGCGCAUUCAGUCCACCAUCUUGUUCCUCACAGCAGCCAACCAGAUGCCUAUGAGAAGCCUACAUGCAAGGCAUGAGGCCAUGAGUGCCACUGUUGUUCUCCAACUGGUAUUCAGAAGCAACAUUAUUCCAAUUCUUGAAGCAACAUAGAGCCAUUGGGACUAGUAUCCACUGAUGGCCUCAUCCAUGAAAUUGUCUGGCUUUCUUUUCUAAAUGGGAAUCCAUCACACAUCUUGUGAUAGCAAAUUGUGUUGCAUAACUUCAAAGAAGUACGUCCCACCGGCGAGCUUCAUUGGAUGAGCCCAAGUUCUAGCCAGUAUUCUUCCCAUUUGGAAUAUGGAAGAUAAUAGUAGCGGCUUGCUUAAAAGCAGCAGUGGAGGCACUGUGCCCCCUCCAGAUGUUGCUGAACUACAGCUCCCAUCAUCCCUGGCCAUGCUUGGUGGGGAUGAUGGGAAUUGUAGUUCAGUAACAUCUCGAGGGCCAAAGGUUCCCCACACCUGUUUUAAAGGGCCACUGUAAGGAUUUACAACCACAUGGUGCAUGUGAAGUUCUUAUGCCUUGAUUAAAUAUUGUUAUUAAUCCCUGCGUGGCAGUGCUGUCUGGGCCUGUACAUUAUGUGGAAUGGAUGAGCCACAGGGUGGGGCAUAGCGUGGAGUGAUACCCUACGUGAUGGUUGAUAAGGCAAAGGUGUAGAAAUGCUCGUUGUUCUGAUUUAACCAGUGCUGCUGUUAGUAAUUGUAUUACCUGUGUUUUCAGGUAGAACUAUAACCCCCUGCUUUGCUGCUAGGGACUUGGGGGGCGGAAGGGAGCACCAAAACUACUCCUGUACCAUUAGUGGUACUUGGCUGGGUCAUAUACUAGAAGCGAACUGGACAUGUCCAUUGGAGGCACUUUCACACACCUUUCUGUACCUGCCAAUUUACAACCUCACGCAUGUUUACUCAGAAGUGCAUCCUGCUGUGUCUGAGGAGACAUAUUCCCUAGUAAGUGUGUUUUAGGAGUGCAUUCCAGUGCCCUCUGAACCUCAGGCUGCUACUCUAAAGCAUAUUAUCUUGUAACACCCCCAAUAAUAAUAUAAGAAGGACCUUGCUGGUUCAGACCAAAGGCCCAUCUAUCCCAGCAUCCUGUUCUCGCAGUGACCAACCAGAUGCCUGUGGGAAGUCCAAAAGUAGAUUUACCUUAGUGGCAUGUGUGGCACUUGAUCAUCCAGUCCCAUGGUGAGCUUGCAGCCAGCUAUUGAAAACCUGUCUUUCUAGGAACCUCUUGGUCCCAGGUUGGACUUAGUUGUCUGGUAAGAUUCUGAUGCUAUAAAUCAUGCCUCUGAGCACCUGUUGUUUGGGAGCACAAAUGGGAGAGUGUUGCUGUGCUGGCCUCUACUCAAUAAUGCACAGCGAAUGGCAGUGGCUCUCCGGGGUCUCUUGGACUGAACUGGAGAUAUUUUGUAUGCAGUGCAGGGUAUGAGUUCUACCACAAAGCUAUAGCCUCUGGCCCAAAGGGAAGCUGAGUUGCAACCAAGGUGAGUGGCAAGGCAGAGGCACCUUAAGGGCUUCUGUACCUCUAAGCAUUGCAUGGAAAAGGGCAUUUUGUCAGACAUAGCAGCUUUCCUCAUUGAAUUGCUGUGAUGCUUAUCCCUGGAACAUAGGAAGUUGCUUCAUACUGAGUCAGAUCGCUGACCCAUCAGUAUUGUCCAACAGAAACUUCUCUGGGGUUCUUCCAUGGAUUUAACCAAGUUUUUCCCAUCACCUGCUGCCUGUUCAUUAGAACUGAAGAUGCCUUGGAGUGAACCUGUGGCCUUCUGCAUCCAAGGCAUUGCUCUAACACUAAGCUAUGCCUUCUCUCAUUCCUUCCACGGAGCUGUGGCUCUUGUCCCUGCUCUGGCAUCCCUUGUGCUGCUGUUUCUGGAAAGACCAGAAAACUCAACUGGGCUUGUCUGAUAGUUUUCUGCCUCUGGGGUAGAGGUGAUGUUGAUGUUUCUGCUUGGAGCCAUGUCUUCCCCCAGGGAAUUUGCAAAUUGCACUCCUUCCCUAUAGUGCCAUGGGGAGGACAGGAGGGCCAUAGCUCAUUGGUAGAGCCCAUGACUUGCUUACAGAAGGUCCUGGGUUCAGUUCCAGGCAUGUCCAAGAAAGGCUGGGAAAGAGUCCCAUCUGAAACUCUGGAAAGCUUCUAUCAGUUAGUGGCUGGGUAUGCGCAUCUUGCUAAGCCAAACUAUGGCUUACCAGGACCCUGCUAACAUGUGGAGUGGAGAUCACAGCUGCUUUGCUCCUCUCCAGUACUUUUAGCUCAACAUGCGGCACUUAAGCCAAUGUUUGGCUCAGCAUGUCGUCUGAACAUGGAGUUCUGGUUAAGCUCCCUCCUCCUUAGCCAUGACCUGUAACCAAGAACAAACCUUGGCUAUAGAUUGUGGUUAAUCUCCCAUUCAGAGGACACAAUGAGCCACAAUGGUUUAGCUGCCAUGCUGAGCUGAAAGGAUCUGGAAAUGACCAAAGUGGGUGAAAUCUCCCCCUUGGGAACCAGCAUGUUCACACUAAACCAUGGUUCAUCUUAGCAUAAUGUGUGAGUGCGGCUGGUGUGUAGACAGUGCAGAGUGUGGCAGACUGAUGGGUUCAGGAAUACCUUCCUCAAUACAAUCCUGCUCCGCUGUUUUGCAACUGUUGGUGCUAGGCCUCCAUGGCAUGCUUGCUGAAAGCUUUGACCAAUGCUCCUAAUUGGCAGAGAAGCCUGGAGUCAUCACCCCCCCCACCACCUUUCUCCAAGUCCUGGGAACCAUUCCAGCUUCUGCUGUAACCCUCUGUCCUCCCAAGGGCUGAAUCGAAUUUCAGAUUUCUCUAUCUCCCCUGCUGAGUGUUUGACGCCUCCUGACAGGUGUGGGCUUUGGGAUGAACAUCCCCUUGUGGGUCUGUAGCUCUCCCUCUCCCCUCCAUACUUUCUAGUUCUUGGAAUUCCUAAUCUGUCUGAGCAACUAGGACCUUUGUGCUUAACAGGGGCCGAAUGCCAGUUUCUCUAAACAGCCCCUGCCUUAUGCUAUAAUAAUAUCACCUGCUUUCUCUUUCCUGCUGCGCAUCUGUGCCUUGCAUUGCUCUCGGAGAUGCUUUCCCUCCCCACCCCCAAAAGAGGGAAGGCACCAUCUAAACCCCUCCCCUCUUUUGUUGCCCAGACUCCUUCUGAAGGCAUGUCUCUGUCAGGGGCACCAUGUCCUCCGUGUUAUCUGUGCAGAACAGGAGCUCUGGUGAAAUAGACCUCAUAGCUCCUCUUGCAUUCGAGGAACAAGAUCUUUCCAAACUUAAGUCCUGUAUGAUUCUAUCCUGACUUGCAUAGGCAUGUCGCUGCACCAAUAUAGCCUUGUCUUUUACAGCUUGUCUGGUACUUGUUUAUAUGUGACCAUAGGAAUUCCAUGCAGGUGAGUGAGUGGAUGAUGGAUAAUGGACACAAUGUGCCAUCCCUCCUCUGCCAGGCUCCUUGGUUUCUAGGUUAGCUGUAGAAGAUGAAAAAUCACCAUGACCAGCACAGCACAGAUAUGCAGUGGGUUGGUGAGGAAGAAUGGAUCAUCCCAUCCCUUUUCUAUUAGUCCACUUGGUAAAAGGCCUCCCCCCCCCCCUCAGCCUCUAAGUCAGGCAUCCCCAAACUUGGCCCUCCAGCUGUUUGGGGGCUACAACUUCCAAUCAUCCCUAGCUAACAGGACCAGCGGUCAGGGAUGAUGGGAAUUGUAGUCCCAAAACAGCUGGAGGGCCGAGUUUGGGGAUGCCUGCUCUAAGUGGCUAGUGGACAACCUUUGGCCCUCCAGAUGUUGCUGAACUACAGCCCCCAUCAUGCUAAUGUUAAUUUCUAAUGCUUGCUCUUAGCCUGGGCGUAUGCCCCAUUAAGUUUGUAUGUAGACAUGUAUUGGAUUGCACUGUAAAUAUGCUUGGUAGUUGCAUCUGAGAAACUUGUUUCAGAAAGCCACUUCUAAUAUAAGCUGGUGCGUAAUUUUUAAAGUGCAGGUUGGCAUAAACUUGCAAUUUAGGUCAAUGUUGUCUUGGCCGCUCGGUUGAUUAUGGCACAGCAGUUUUCUUCCGGCCUUCACAAGCAGACUGUGGCUAUGAUUCAACUUCUAAAUAAGCUACUCCAUUUGUUAAGACCAGUUGAGGCUGCUUCGUAAGCCCCACCCAGGUACCUGAGCUCACAAAACAGGCGCACUGCACCAGUCAAGUCAGAUAUGCUUGUGCAGGGGUUGGCAAACUAAGGUUCGCGGGCCGGAUUUGGCCCGCCAGGCUCAUUAAUCCGGCCUGCAAACCUUGCGGACCCUGCCGCCCGCUCGGUCAGUCCCCGCGCUAAACCGGUGCGGCGCAGAGGCCUCACUGCACAGGGACUGACUUACGCGAAGCGGCUUCUGAUUGGCUACAAGAAGCUCCUGGCAGCCAAUUAGAAGCUGCUGACACCUGGGUGAGCAGCGAUGCUGGCACGGCCUCUGCGCCGCCGCUGCUUCCUCCUGCUCAGCCGCCUCAGCAGGAAGCAAGGGGUGGCGCCCAGAGGCCGCCAAGCGGGAGGGAACAGGAAGAGCUGAGCGGGAGGGAGCAGUGGUGGGGCAGAGGCUGCCUCCUCUGCCCAGGCCAGCGGAGACGAGGCGGGGGGGGGGAGGUCCUUUCAGGAGAGGGGGGGGUCCGGCCCUUCACAAGUUUGAAAUUUGCUCCGACUGAAAGCCCACUCAAACUUUUACUGCAUUGCUUGAUGAUGCAAUCAGACGCAGAUGCCUAAACACCAGGUGCCAAAAAGGUGGCAGCAGGGCCCAGCUUCCUUCCAGUGACAAGCAAGAGGUUGUUGAAAAGCCUGGUGUAGUAGUGUAAGCCGUGCACUUCUUUUUGAAAGCAUAGCUGUGGUGCAGAGCUCCCAGUAGGUUUCCAGGCACAAUUUAAAGAGUUGGUAAAGCCCUAAACGGCCUCAGCCCUGUAUACCUGAAGGAGCAUCUUCAGCCCGGACACUGAGAUCCAGCUCAGAGGGCCUGCUUAGUAAGUGGAGCAGUGGAACACCCUCCCAUGAGAUGUCAAGGAAAUAAACAACUAUUUGACUUUCAGAAGACAUCUGAAAGUUUUUUAAUGUUUGAUGUUUUAUUGCGUUUUUAAUAUUUUGUUGGGAGCCGCCUAGAGUGGCUUGGGUGACCCACUCAGUUUGCCAGCAUAUAAAUAGUAAAAUUAUUAUUAGUAUUAUUGCAUGUUUUGGCUCUGCUUACUAGCCAGACAGCCCUACCUCUGAGACACAUCUUACAAAAGUUAAGUGCAAAAGUCGAGGUCUAGUCCCACCCCAAGCCCCUUUCCCAGCUCACAGAGAACACGUGGAAGGGAUGAUUGCCACCAGCAUCCUGGCUAGUGGAUUUGAGGAGCUUAGCUCUGGAGAACAGGGAGAACACUGAGCUGCUGCUUCCAAGCAUUUUAAAGGGAUAUGUGCCUAAUUAUACAUGAUCAUGGGUUUGAGCUCCAUGUGGGGCAAAAAAAAAAAGAUUCCUGCAUUGCAGCUGGUUGGACUAGAUGACUCUCAUGGUUCCUUCCAACUCUGCAAUUCUAUGAAUGUGGCUCCUUCACAACAUCUGGGCAUCUUAUAAAUCUACCUCUUUAGUUUCUGAGGUUCAGCAGGUAUUACCCACACAUUCAAGCAUGUUUUUGUAGCCAUAAGGGCUAAAUACUUGUCUUGGGGGGUGGGGUGUUUUUAUUUCUUAGGAAUCUUUCGCCGGAUCAAGGAUUGUGCCAAAGUUUGAAAAAAAGUUCUUUUUAAAAAAUAUCAAGUAGGGCACACCCACACUCAACAUUUGAAUGGCUGUUGCAUAGACCGCAGAGCAUAUUCACUCUCUUGUUGCCCCAGAGCAGGCAUAGGCAAACUCAGGCCGCCAGACGUUUUGGGACUACAGUUCCCAUCAUCCCUGACCACUGGUCCUGUAAGGAUGAUGGGAGUUGUGGUCCCAAAACAUCUGGAGGGCCGAGUUUGCCUAUGCCUGCCCCAGAGGGUAAGACCUGAACCAACGGCUUCAAAUUAUAAGAAACUAGAUUUCAUCUAAACUUUGCUAAGAACAUACUGAUGGGCCGAACUGUUUGACAGUGGACCAGACUGUUUGGGAUAAGCCACCUAUCAAUGAUGCCCUAGGCUGGAUUUUCCAACUCUGAUUUCCAACUCUGACAUAGGCCUUAAUCUCAUUCUCUCUGUUUGCAUGCAUUUACCCAGGCAUGAUUUCUGGGACCCUUGACAGGCUAGAACCAGGUAGCAGAGACCUUUAAUCUUAUUGCCUGGGUUCUCCCCUCCCCACCCCCAUUUCACUUUUGUUCCAGGCUGCCCUUUGAGAUGAUGAUUCAGAGGACUUAGCAACACAGAGUUCUUACAGGAAACUGUUUGGUCAGCAUUUGAAGUGCAAGUCACUUCGCUUUAAUUGCACAAAAUGCAGCUGCCAGGAUGGGCGUGGUUUGAGGACAGCAAGUUCAGCCUUUUGGGCUUCUUCCUGAAGGUGGCUGCAGUCUCUUCUUCCCUGGGGCCAUAUUUCCGCACAUCUGUGGAAAGGGCGGGCCAUGCACAACUCAAGUGGACGGCACAGAACAUUGGCAUCCCUAGAGCCUUGGCUUAGAGAGAGGGAGAGAGUCAGAACUCUGCCUUUCAGCAGUCAAGAUUUGGUGGUCUAGCGCUGCAAAGUUGGUGUUCACACACUUCACUCAUCAUAGCUUUCAUUCUUUCUGCUCUUUCCAAAAAUCUAAGUUUUAUUUAAUAACCUGAAGAGGUAUAAAUGCACUGCGUCUGCAUUAACACAUUGGUACUGGGAGCCUAAAUUCAUGCAGAGCCCUUUAAACGUCCCAACUCCUGAAGUGUUGGUAUCCAUUAUUAGUAUUAUUACAAAAAUUGGUCCUGUAGUGCGGACUGUUUCGAUUCAGGGUUCCAGCCAGCCAUGCCCUGUGCUAGGAGACUCCAUUCCAUUUCCCCCUCCCCUUUUGAAAAUGAGUAUAAUAGGACUAUAAUAGUUCUGCUGUAUAGGGCUUUAUGCAGCUCAUUGCAGAGCUGCCCUCUCGGAACUGGAACAUAAUGUCCUGAUCCUUUAUCCACUCCUCGUGGGCUGUUGCAUUUCCCCCCAUGCACUGUUAUCAAUGGAUAUUUGGUCCAUUUGGAUUGGCAGUUAGAUGCACCUGGGUGUGAUGCUCUGCUCUGUUACUCUUUAGGGUGUACUAUAUCAUAGCUCAGUGGUAGAACACGUGCUCUGAGUGCAGAAGGUCCCAGAUUAAAUCCCGGCAUUCCCACAUAGGGUUGGAAGCAGUGUUAGAAAUCAUCCAGGUGCCAGGUACAUUGCAACUAGCACAGGUCCAAGUGUGACCACAUGGAGAUCUCUUGGUGCCAAGUUGGGGACUGACGUCUCCAUCUAGCUGUCCCCUCCAGCUUGCUUAAGCAGAAUAACUUACUUAUUGCAUUUACGGUAUAUCCCACCUUUUUCUCCAAGGAGUACAUGGUUCACCCUCCUCCUCAGUUAAUCCCUACAAUGACCUUGUGAGGUAGGUUAAGUGACUGUGACUAGCCCCAGGUCAAUAGUUUCAUGGCCGAGUGAGGAAUUGAACCCUGAUCUCCUAGGUUCUGUUCCGACACUCUAACCACUACGCCACACUGGCUUCUUAGAGUACUUCUGCUGUGGGGCAGCUAUAUAAAUUAAGCAGAUAAAUGAAUAUGGGAGAAGCAAAAUGUCACUUAGCAAAGGAUCUGAAAUAUUUUCCUUUGUUUUGUUCUGGAUUGUUUGGUUGGAUGUUUUAACUUCUUGUAAAUUGCCUUGAGAUUUGUUUUCUUUAGAAUAUAAAGUGGCAUAGGCAUGAAAUAAAGAGUAAUGAUAACAAUAAAUGUCAUUGCAAAAAAAAGGGGGCUCCUGGGCAUUCCAUUGUGGCGACUGUAACCUAGGCUUAAGGCGCCAUUGGGCAAUUGGCUUAUAUUUUUGAGUUUCUGACACUGGUUGGAAGAGAUCUCCCGAAACCCUGGAGAGCUGCUGCCAAUCACUGUAGACAUUAUUGAACUAGAUGGAACCAAGGGCCUGAACUGGCGCAAUGCAGUUUCCUAUGUCACUUAAGAGGCUGUGGACUGCAUCGGAAUACAAGCCACAUUGUUUGGGGCAGGCAGGCUUUGAUUUGAAGGCUGCUGUGCAGAUGGGCUUCAGAACGUGAAAAACACUUCCUGCCUUUUCUUUAGGUUGCCGAUGUGUGCGCUGCCUAGUGGGACCUGGCUUUCAUUGAGAGGCCCUGACCAAUGUGACUCUGCAAAUUUUCCUAUCUAUAGCAGGAGAGGAAACUGAGGGCUGGGCAGGCAACUCCCAGAAGAGAGUGAUAAAGUGUGAGGAAAAGCCAUCUAAGGACAUUCGAAGCUGCAUGUUUCCCCAUCGUUGCAGGAUGUCUGUGCUGUGACCAGUCGCUAGUUUUGAUACUGUCCUAUGGUUCCUGCCCAUUGAGCUUGGUUUACAGCAUGUAGCUUUUGUGGGUUUCCUCUGCAAUUUCGUCACAGAGCAUCUUUCCCAAGUAAAGGUCUUUGCAAGUAAACUCAGCAAUGGAGAGAAGGUUCCUCUGCCACCACCAGUCCUCCUGGCACCUACAGCUGGCUGUUCUAUAGAAAGUAGCACACCGUAUUUCAAAAAGUAGGAAACCACCAAAAUUGUUGCUAGGUCAGUGGAAGAAUGAAGAUCUGGUGUGACUGUUCAAGAAAAAAAAUAGAUGAUAUUUUGGGUUGUUUUUUUCAAAAUGCAAACUAACAUGUUAUAAGCCUUACUGUUUUUCUAAAAAAACAACACCACUAUAUCCAUGACCUGUCAAACACAUUUGGUUAAACUAGCGGGCAUAGGGGAAUCACUAGGCUACCCAAGCUAUGAAGGGAGUUUUUAUGGUGUGAUGUUUGUAGUGUCUAUUUGUUCUGCUCCAUGUUGCCAGAUGGCGAUCCUGCAAGGAGCCAUGACCAUUUGGCUUGGAGUCACAGCUAUGGCUGCAGUGGAAUGCCAGGUUUUCACUGCUGGAGAGAACUGUGCUCCCUCGUGCCCCUGCCAGUGCAUGAUGGGAGCUCUCCGAUGUCUGGCUAUUUCUUGGUCACAAGGAUUCCUCCAUUCUGCACAAUGUACACUUAUUACAUGUGUUCUGCAAGAGGGACACUGCUACCCACUUGGCAAAAAGGUCUAAUUCUCAGUGCGGGAUAUAGGAGGCAUCUGCAGCAAUUAUAUUUUGAGGAUAUGGUAGAACACAACCUCAUCUUAUGGUAGAACAUAAGAAGAGCCUGCUGGAUUAGGCCAAUUGCGGAGGCAGAGCAUAGCCAUCAUGGCUAGUAGCCACUGAUUGCCUUAGCAUUAAUGUCUAAUUCUCUUUUAAAGCUAUUCAGGUUGGUGGCUCCCACUGCCCCCAGUGGGAGCAAGUCCCAUAGUUUAAUUAAUUGCUGUGUACCUUUAAUUAAGUGCUGAAGUACUUUUAUCUGGCUCGAAUCUUCCAAUAUUGCUCCAUCCCCUUGAUCACCAGUUUCCCUUUUCUGAACAUUUUCCAACUCAACAAUAUCUUUUUUGAGGUGAGGUGAUCAGAGCUGUGUUCCAGAUGUGGUUGCACCAUAGAUUUGUAUGAUGGCAUUAUGCUAUCUGCAGUUUUAUCUCUAAUUCCCUUCUUGCUGAUCCCUAGCAUGGGAUUUGCCUUUUUCACAUCUGCUGCACAGUGGAUUGACGUCUUAAUCAAGCUAUGCACUAUGACCCCAAAGUUUCAUUCCUGGUCAGUUACUGCUAUUUCAGAUACUAUGGACUUAUAUGUGAAGCUGAGGGUCUUUUCUUGCCCUGGCAUGCAUUACUUUACCCUUGCUUACAAUGAAUUGUGUUUGCCAUUUUACAACUCAUUCAUUCAUUUUGGAGAGGUUCUUUUUGGAACUUUUUGCCAUCGCAAAUUAGGUGUCAGCCCUAGAAAGAAUAGUUGGAAAAGAGCGGGGGAAGGAAUCUGACUACCUGUUCAAUGUGCAAAUUAUGAAUAUUUAUAACUGUGAAGCAGACUGCUCAUUUAGGGUAAGAGGGACGGAGUUAAGUCCUAGCCUUACUCUCUUGUAGAAAUCAAAGGGCCUGUUCAAAGGUAACAUUAAACUAUGGACUUGGGCAAAGUCCUCUUUACCAUGUCCGCAAGCAGGAGAUUGGCAGCAUCUAGUUCCACUUUCCAGAGCUGCAUCCAAACUCUGGGAACUGGCUAGUUUAAUUUAUGGUUAGUGAGCAAGCUAGAAUUGUAAGCCAUAGUUUGACCCUGACGACUUCUUUUUUGAACUCGACAUAGUUUAAACCAGCGAUGAAGAACCUGUGGCCCUUCAAAUAUUGUAGGCUUACAUAUCCCAUUUACCUGACUAUUGGGUCUGAUGGGAGUUGGAGUCCAACAACCAUGGUAGAGCCAAUGUUGUUUUAAACGAAGUUUAUUUACUUUUAUUUAUUUAUAUAAGCAUUUAUAUACUGCCCUCGCAGAACAUCAGGGUGGUAUACAACAGCACAAAAACAUUUAAAAGCAACACAAAGCAGUAAUUAAAACCAGUUCCUUAUGAUACCCUGGCCCCCAAGUUGUGUAGGGCAAGUAGUGGCUGGGGCCCAUUGGAACUGCUAGGCUGGAAGGCAGAGUGAUAAGCAAUAGAUGGAGCCUAUUCUAGCCCCGUCUCCCGCCACAAAUCCUCCUCCUUGCUGAGUUAUUAGGUGCCAGCAUUGCCAAUGGCCAGGGAUAACUGGAGUUGUAGUUCAGCAACACCUGGAGGUUCCACAGGUUAAUCACCGCUGAAUGGGCCCCGUGCAUAGUUUUCAGGGGGUAUAAAGAUUUCUGUAGAGGGCUGGAUAGCCUUGGGAGGUGCUGUUCUUGUUUUUUCAUGGUGGAAAUCCUGUUCUGUCUGUGCAUGAAAGAGAGAGAAGGAGAGAGUGGGUGUGCACCAUAAAUGCUGUGGUAUUCUGUGAUAAUGUAGCAGAAAGAAGGGUUCCCACGCCCUGGAGAGGGUGUGUGCAUGUUUUGGGGAAAGGAGGGUGGGGGGUUGAGUUCAGGGCAUGACAUAUCUGCCUGGGCAAGGCUAGAGCAUGGCGGGGCUCUGUUCACAGUUCUGCCACCAGAAUCCUUUCUCCUCUUUUUAAAGAAAUGUAGGCCCCCUCGGGGCUGGGUUUGGCCUUCGUUUUUGGCUGUAAAUGAAGGGAAUGCUUGCCUUCCGACCAGGGUCUUUUCACCUGUUUGAGGCUCCCGCUUGUCUUGCCAUCCCUCCCGUCCCCUUGCCCCAAGGGAUUGUGGGAAAUUUGCCAAGGAAUGCCUGGCUAGGUUGAGGCCUAGUAGUCAAAUGAAACGUUUGUUGAUAAUGCCAUUUGCUGGGAAUGAAAAGGUGGGGUGCAGGAUCCUGUUCUCCACCUCUUCAUUAAAAAAAAAGAGUCCCUGAAAAAGGAACUUUCAUCUUCUUACAUACCUAUAAAUCAAUCAAUAAAUGCAAAUGUUUAAUAAGAACUGUCUCAUGUACAAACAGGGCAGGGCAUUGAGGCCUCCUUGGCUUCCCACUCCGACCCACCAGCAACUUUCUUUGCUUAGCACCAGCCGUGGCUGCCACAGAGGCAGGGCAUUUCUCUCUCCCCAACUCUGCUGGCGUCUCUCCCUCUCUCUCCCUCUCCCUCCCUCCAGCCCCCAACCCCCCCAAUUCCUUUUGGCUAUGGGCCUGUCAAAGCUGAGGAGAUGGGGAAAGGAGGAGGGCUCUUCUGUUCCAUUAUCAACGUGGCAGCUUGGGCGGCCAGCUGUCGUGCGGCUAAUCCUGCUGGUGGUGGGGGAAUGACAGGAUCGCGCUAGGUUGGGCCAGGCAAAGCAGCUGCUCCCUGGCCUGCUCUGCUACUUCCUUUUGUCCUUUCCCCACCAAACGCCCUCCUCCCCUCCUUGGGGACUUGUGAAUGCAUCCUUCUCCCUGUUUCGGAGGCGGCGGAGGGGAGCAGACAGGCGGGCGCUGGGGACUCUUGCCUUGCAUACAUGGCGUGUGGAUGACUUGUGUAGUCUUGACCCCUCCACCCCUUGCAGACGUGGGGAACUUUUCCUAUAGGGCUGCCAUACGUCGGGGGGUUGGUUCCAGAAGGAGCCGGGUUGCCUUGGAUCUUCAGCAAGUAAACCAAGAAUUCACGUUUUUUUUGGGGGGGGGGGGUUGUCUACUUCUUGAAAUAUGGCAACCCUAUUUUCCUGUCUCCCAUUCUUUCCAUAAGGCUGCUGUGGGGACAGGCCAUAGCUCAAUGGUGGAACUGCUGCUUUCCAUGCAGAAGGUCCAAAGUUCAGUCCCUGGUUGGGUUGGGAAUGUCCCCAACCUGAGACAUCAGAGAGCAGCUGCCACAGCAUAGAGAAUUACAAAACGAGGUUGGCCAAUGGUCUGACUCUUUAUAAGGCGACUUCCUAUGAGGGCCUUUCAGCUCUCCACUAGGACCACAUCUGCAACAUUCUUUGAAAGCGCUAUUGUGCUGCUUCAACAACCAUGCCUUCCCCAAAGAAACCUGCCUGGUGUAGAGAGUGCCCAGGCAGAAGGCAGAACCCCUUCCCAAGCUCUCAUUUCCUCUUGUUGGAACUGGUGAGGAAAGACAAUCAGAGGCCUUCUCUUGCCCCCAGCAGUUGAAAAUGCUCUAGCUUACACUUACUCUAGUCAAACUCGGGUGCAAAAAUGGCCCUGCCCCUCUCUUCCUCUUGUGUUUAUUUUCUGGAACCCAUCACCUCUGACCACUGGUCCUGCUAGCUAGGGAUGAUGGGAAUUGUAGUCCAGCAAUAGCUGGAGACCCAAGUUUGAGAAACACUGCAUUAAGGGAUGCCAACUAGGGCUUUAAAAGUAUGCAGUACCCACACCAGACAUUUAAAGCACUAUUAAACUAUUUUAAUAGUCAUGGCAUCCCCCAAAAGAAACCUAGGAGAUACAGUUUGGUAAGGGUGCUGAGAGUCAAAGAAUAUGCCUAUCUGCUUCAGAGAGCUACAAUUCCCAAAGUUCUCUGGGAAGAGGGAUUGACUGUUAAACCGUUCUGGGAAUUGCAGCUCUGUCAGGGGGAUAGGGGUCUCCUAACAACUCUCAGCAUCCAUAAUAAACUACAGGUAGACAUGCAGCAUUUCAGCUACAUGGCUGAAACUACAUAACAACCACCACUUCACAGUUUUGGAUGCCACACAUUCAUUCAGCUUUUUAAGCAACUAAGCUACUGGUUCCAACUAUGGGAAAAUGCCAGCAUACAGUUAUCAUGUGGCAGUCUGCAUUGCUCAAGACGUCUUAGUUUGGAGGAGGGGGGAGAUGGCUAAACUGGGGGUUUCCAACAUGGGGACAGAAAUCCUGAUUGACCAAGGUUCCAUUCUCUGUAUUGGAAACUCUUCCUGAGUAGAAACACUAUUUCAGAUUAAUCCUGAUCGCAUGUUGGUUAAGGGUGUGCCCAUCAUGCUUUGCUGUCGAGCGGGUGGAGCUUGCCUUGCACAUUCUCACUUUCCCCAUAAUGUGCUUGCCCUUGAAUUCCUUCAUAGGGCUAGAUGAUGGUCUCCCAGUGUAGCUUUGAGUGCCAAGCAAUACAGUGUCCGCUGCAGGGCUUUUGUCUUUCUGGAUCUGCCUUUGAUGGGUGUUGCGUUUGGGGCCAGGUCAAGGGCCAUGCUAAGCUGAUGAUCUCUUCCAUUUCUCAUGACCUUACGACAGGAAACGAAAGUGCGAGCAGCGGCAAUAGCGCUGCUCUGCGCGUGCCCCACUGCCUUUCUUGUUGUUGCAUCUGAGCCUUCUGCUCUUGGCUGUUACCGUUUUGCAGCUGGGAUGUGCAGAACUUUGACCACAGCUGGUGUGGCUUGCAGCUCCUCUCCAAGCAAAUUAAAUGUAGGGCAGUGCUAUGGUAGCAGGCAAAUGGCUUCACGGCAAAUGCUCUUUGCCUCUCAACUGCUCACCUGGGAGCCGUUGCUGCCGUUGCAGCUGCCAGUCUGCUGGUGAGUGUUUUGCAAUGUUUACUACGAUCUUAGAUGCCUGUUACAUUCAUCGCAUGAAGGGUUGCCAUGUGUAAACAAGCAGUAACUGAAUGUUGCAGACGAUUCUGAAGGAGGCGAGCAGAAAAAGCCGAAAGAGGUCACAUCACUUGUCUCUGCUUAUGUUAUCUGUCCUUUGGGCAGCUAACUCUUUAGCUGCUUAAGAAGCAGUGGCUGGUGCCCAUUGGCGGGGGGGGGGGGGCGGGCAGAAGGCAGGGAGCCCAAACAGUAGGUGGAGCCAGAGUCAAUAACAGGCAGAGCCAAACAAGUGUUUUGUCCCCAUCCUCCUCCCUGCUGAGUUCUUCAGGGGCAACACGGAAGCUAAGCGGACAGACAGAACCACCUCUUGACCUGCUGUAAGAAGGCAGGUAGGGGUUGACUGAGGACAGUGCCCCAUUCACUCGAUAAGGGAGCAGGCUCUGAUCCUACUGAAAAAAAGACAAGCAUUGAUAGAUCAAGGAAGACAAGUGAUAGUUCUGUGGUCCCCUUUGGAUUUCUUUGCCUAUGACUGGGUGGGGGACCCUUUAGAAGUCACAACAGCCUGACUUACACAUGGCUAGUUCUCUCUGGGGUGUGUAAUGUUUAGCCAGGGUCUGGCCACCUUCCGUCUUUUUCAACUUCUAUAAAAAUCAUACUGGCAGGAGCAACCUAGAGUCCAGAGGAGGCUGCCGUGGGGGUCGUCAAACUUCAGAAUUGGAAACAGUGUUAGAAACUCAGAUACAGAAGCUGGGAGCCCACUAGAGCAGCCCUUGACGUUCCUGCUGAGAUUCAAGCACUUUCAGGUGUCUUAAAAAAAGAAAAAGAAAAGCUGACCAGCCAACACAGUUGUCAAAUUUUGUUUUUGGGUACGAAGCCUUGAUGUUUUGUGAGAGGGAGGGUAUAUCAAUACUUUUAUUAAUUGAUUGGUUUUUUUUAAAUGCAGCCGUUUGCAGCAGGGCCUCGCUUGUUCGCAGAUAAUAUGCAUUUCUCUCGCCUGGCUAUCAGAGAGUAGCGGGUGGCAGGAGGCGGGGAGGGGAGGGGAGCAGAAUAACUUUGCAAAAGCAUCUUUCUAUCUCUCUCUGAGUGUGAGACAGAACAAGAGAAGCACAGAGCCCAUUUGUCUCGCCUUGCACUGUGGGAGGAGGGUUGGCAUCUUGACUUGGCGGGCUACUGGACCCCUCCCCGGAUUGUCUGCCCUGUCAAAGCCACCUGUUGCUCUGCGGCCUGCAAGUUUGUGGCUGACAGAUGUACCGCAUGGGGAGCAGAGGGAGCAGAAAGCGUUGAGACCCCAGAGAACCCUCCUUGGCUCCGAUCUGCCCGGCCUGGUUUUUUUUUAAAAGGCAGGCAGGAGAAGGUGGUACAGUGGAUUCUGCUGCUUGGGGUGAUGCUGUUUGCUUUGGCAGGUGUUUCCCGUACAGCUGGGUUUAACCAUAUGGGUGCCCACAGAGACUUGCUGAAUGAAAAAGAGGAGGAUAUCCGUAUCUCGGUUCGCUGUGUUCAAACCAAAGUGAUAUAAAGAAAUCUUCAAGCCCGCUUGUGCGGAAACCUCUGUGCAUGCUUUAUUUUAAAUAUUAGGAUUUCUUUUCAAAACAUAGAGAAAAGAGCCAAAUAUCCAUGCUGGCGGCAGGAGGAAUUAUUAUAUUUAGUUUUGUGUGUUUUUUUGUCUAGCCCUCUCUCUGUAUGUACAUCGAAGACAAUGUUAACUGAAAACUGCAACAUGUAUCCAUGCAGUACACACAAGCCUGACCUGUAGACACCGGACACUAUUGUGUGUGUACAUGCUUCACGACAACCAUGCUAGAGUCUUGACCCUUUUUUAAAAGAAAAAGAAACGAAUUUUGCAGGAAUCAAAUGCUGCCCUAUAGCUAAUUUCUCUCUGAAACUGUAAGACAUGGGUAGGCAAACUAAGGCCCGGGGGCCGGAUCCGGCCCAAUCGCCUUCUAAAUCCGGUCCACGGACGGUCUUGGAAUCAGUGUGUUUUUACAUGAGUAGAACGUGUGCUUUUAUUUAAAAUGCAUCUCUGGGUUAUUUGUGGGGCAUAGGAAUUUGUUCUCCCCCCUGCCCCAAAUAUAGUCCGGCCCCCCACAAGGUCUGAGGGACACUGGACCGUCCCCCUGCUGAAAAAGUUUGCUGACCCCUGCUGUAAGACAAAACAGUGGCAAACGUGGGUCCCCAGAACACAAUAAGCCGAACACAUUGCAGAGCCAAGUCAGAAUUCCUGUGUCUUUUAAAGGCUUCUACGAAGAGGGAACUUUAGCCAGUGGCACUAGUUGUACUGGAUUGAGAAAAGCAAAUCUGGUGUUGUGUAGUGGUUAAAGUAUUGCGCUUUGACCUGGGAGACCAGGGUUCAUAUCUCAACUUGGCCAAGAAACUCACCGGGUGAUCUUGGACCAGUCACCAUCUCUCAGCCUAACCUGUAUCACAGGGUUGGUUAUAUCCAUUUAUUUGCGUAUAUAUAUAAAUUAUAUACCACUGUGUCAUAAAUAUAUACUGUAUUUUUUGCACCAUAACACUCACUUUUUUCCUCCUAAAAAGUAAGGGGAAAUGUCUGUGCGUGUUAUGGAGGGAAUGCCUACGGGUGGCAUGCCUACGGAUUUUCCUCCUAUAAAAACUAUGUGCGUGUUAUGGUCGGGUGCGUGUUAUAGAGCGAAAAAUACGGUAUAUAUUACAGUGGUUUACAGCAGUGAACCUGAACGCUGGAAGAUUCAGGACAGAGAAAAGGGGUUAUCUUUUUCACACAGUGCAUAGUUUAACUAUGGAACUCGCUGCCUCAAAGAUGUGGGCAUGGCUGCUCCCUUGAAUGGCUUUAGAAGGGUCUAUAAGUCAUAGAGAACAAGACGCUCAGUAGCCGCUUUGCUCCAUCUUCCUCCCAGGGACUGGCUUGCCCUGUUCUCUGCUCCUGUGGCUCCCAUUGGGCCGAGUGAUCCAGUAGCAGGGAGGAAGCACUUGAGGAGAAGGGCAGGCAGCAUGGGAGCAGUCUGGCCGCUAGGCAGGAAGUGGGCGGGAAGCGAUAGGGGAGUUGGCUGACUUGGGUCGCUGCUGCCUGCCCUUAUUUUUCCUGUCGGCCGUCUUUGCAUAUAGCUCCUGCUUGCAUUUUGAAUGGGGUUAAGGAUAGGUGUCCUCCUGUAAGUUGGCGCUCAUGCCUGCGGACCCUUUCUUCAUCUUUUCAGCGGCCAGCCCUUAGCUGAGCAGCUGUGGGAUUUCAGAACCUGCCUUUAUAACGGCUGUAAAUUCUAUGUUUUGAUUUCAUUCUCUCCCUGGUACUAGAGAAAAUGCUUUGUUUGCUUGCUUCAGUCACAUUUCCAUCUCUGCAGAGCUCUAGGUAGCAAACAUGGUUUUCCCCCAUCUCCUUUAAGCCCUCCACAGCAGCCCUGUGAGGUAGAUUAGGCCGAGAGGCAGUGAGCGGCUCAAGCUCACCCAGUGAGCUUCAUGGCUGAGUGGGGAUUUGAAGGCCAACGCUGUAACCACUACACCACACUGGCUGUCUCACACGGUCUUUGUUGGUAGACCUGGACCUGCCGUGUUAGCAUCACAAAGGUCUUUUAACCAGUGUUAGAAAUUAGCCUGGUGCCAGGCGUGUUUUGCAACAUGCUAGCUGUUGGAACUGCCCUUCUGCCCAUGGUAACUUCCUUUGCCAAAAUAGCAAAAAGUCAUAUUUGUGUGCUCUCUGCACCUUCUGAGCAUCACAGACUCAUUGCACACAUUCAGCCUUGUUGCAUUUCCUCUCUCCUCUGCCUGUCUUCCCCCUCCUUUUUUUUCCUUUUUUUUUUUUUUGGCAAUUCCCCCAUUGGGAUUCCCCCACUGGAAAACCAAACCCCACCCUCACCCCAAUACUAACAGCAGCAGCCUGGCGUCUGCUUGCUUUCUGUUGAAAUUGGUCCCUCUCCAAUGUGGUAUAAUAAUUAGGUUGCCUCAGACCAGUAGAAUCAGCUAGUUGCUGCAAGCUGGGAGUUAGUGCUCAUCUUUCUUUGUAGGAACGCUAAAGGAAAAAUCUCCCUUCGUUUUGCUCAACAAGGUGCGUUGUGUUCUCUUUGAACUUAAAACUCGCUACUAGCAACCUGCUUCAGCAUUUAAGAUCUGCUGCUAGGAACUUCAGCUGGGGCUGACUUGGUGUCUUUUGCCGUAUUUCCAUAGGUGUCUCUCAGCCUUGAACUGCUUGACCACCACCUUGUUACCUGUGGUCACUGGCAGAAACUUGCAGCAAAGCUGCUCUUACCUCCCACUCUCCACCACCCCCCCAAAAAAGCUGCUGCUUCAGCAGACAUGUUUCUCUGCAGGGUUGGGCUGAAAGUCAUAUAGAAACAUGUAGCAAUCCAUCAAGCAGUCCUAAAGCCUGCCCUGAUAAGAUCAGGCCUUUUCCCUUUGCUUUGGCUGCUAGCCAGGUUGGUAGCAAACAUCUCUCCUCAAGAGAAACACUGUAUUCUUGAACCACUUGUGUUCUUUGAUAAUAAGAACGUACAGCCCGUGGCAUGUAUGUCUCAAGACAACUUUUCCAACGGGUUGUCGACAAGCAGUGGAGCCAGUGUUUGAAACUCAGGUAUAUAACCUAGGUGCUAAAUGGCACCUUAAACCUCGGUUACGGUUGCGACAGCAAGACCCUCUUGGUCCCUUCCAGUGCUACAGGUCUAUGAUCUCGUGUACAUUGCUUGCCACUUGCUCUUUCAAUAAUUCGCUUGUCCCAGUAUGCAAGGAGGAGAAACACACACAGUGGAAAUGGUAUUAAAGCAGAGGUUUUAAAACUGUGGUUGCGAACCUGGCAACCAGAAAUCUCCACAUGGUCCCGUACCAGUCGCAAAAAACUCCUGGCACCUGGCUAUUAUCUAACACGAGUGAGAAGGGCAGCAGGAGCGAAUAUCUUCUUCCCCUUUUCUGUCCUCGGCCUGAUUAACAAAAUUAACUAGGCCCGUCCAUGCACUGAGAUCAGCAAAGGAAGCCCUGUUUUGGUUUAAACCAUGAAUCAUGGGUUAAUAAACUAGAAUAUGCACAAUCAACAGGUACCUGCAAGCAGCUGCCUUGUUCUACACAAGCGAGCAAACGAGCCAAGCAGUUGCUCUUAACCAUAGUUUGGUGUUACAUCCAAAUUAGGAAACUAUGGUUAACAGCUUCAAAACGUGUGAGGAUUUGCAUGCCAGCUUGAAACCAUGAUAGAAGUUUGAAGAAAGUGGAUAGAAUCCCCCCCACGCCCUCUGUCACUGGAACUUGUAGACAUCCAAUGAGGCUGGAAGUUAGAAGAGCCAGGGCAGAUUUUUUUAAAAAAGUACUUUUUCUUGCAGCGCAGUUAACUGUGGAACUCACUUCCACAGGAGGCAGCGAUGGCCAUCAACUUGGAUGGCUUUAAAACAAUAUUAGACAAAUACAUGGAGGAAAAGGCUUUCGGUGGCUACUGGCCAUUAGGGCUAUGUUCUUCCUCCACUCUCAGAGGCAUUACAUUGCUGGAAAUUGCAGGUAGAGGUUGAUGUUGCGCUCAUGCCCAGCUUGCAGGCUUCCCACUGGCAUCCAGUUGGCCGCUGUGAGGACAGGAAGCUGACCUGCAUAAGCAGGCCUGGCUCAUGUUCUUAUGACGCACGUGUCUUUUGUUGAAUUAUUCUAUUAUCUCGCUGUAUUUCUGCCCCACUUUUCUAUGAACUAUUUUCACAGCAGCUAACAGUCUGAAAGGUGGUCAUACUUGAACAGAGGAAAACCAGAGAGAAGCUCCCGUGGGCUGCUCUUAAAUUAGGAAUCUGCCAUACACCAGGUCAGACCACUUGGCCAGUAUUGUCUUGGUCAGUAUAGUUCACACUGGCGGGCAGUGGCUCUCCAGGCAGAGGAAACUCCCAGCCCUACCUGGAGAUGCCAGGGAUUGAACCUGGAACUUUUUGCAGGCAUUGCAAUUUCUCUGCCAUUGAGCUGUAGUGAGGCUCAAUGCCCCAAGGCUCAAAGCAUCAAGAAGUUCAACUCUACUCAUUUGGGUCCAAAUAGAGACAAUGGUAUGGUUUCCCACUACAGAUGUUCUUUAACUCAGCAACGCCAAGCUGAUUGUUUUGCCACCUACGUAUGUUAGUGGCCACCUGUUUGCUUGUGCCCUGUUUUGUUCUUUGAGUCCAAGGGACGCUGGUGGCACUGUGGUCCAAGCCACUAAGCCUCUUGGGCUUGCCGAUCGGAAGGUCGGCGGUUCAAAUCCGCACGAUGGUGGUGAGCUCCCAUUGCUCUGUCCCAGCUCCUGCCAACCUAGCAGUUCAAAAGCACGCCAGUGCAGGUAGAUAAAUAGGUACCACUGUGGUGGGAACGUAAACGGCAUUUCUGUGUGCUCUGGUUUCUGUCAUGGUGUCCUAUUGCACCAGAAGCAGCUCAGUCAUGCUGGUCGCAUGACCCAGAAAGCUGUCUGUGGACAAACGCUGGCUCCCUCGGCCUGAAGUGAGAUGAGCGCCGCACCCCAUAGUCAGUUAACUGUCCAGGGGUCUUUUUCUUUGAGCUCCUGUUGGUAACUUAACCAUGGCAACCUUUCUCUCCCUUCUUUCUAGGCCAAAAGGAAGCUGGAUCUGGAAGGAACAGGCCAGCAGUGCAUCCCAGAGUUCCGAACCCCAAAGGGCAAAGGAAGGACGCUCCCGCAUAUCCCCAGUCCCAAAAGUAAGUGGAAGCAGAAGUCCUGGGUGGAGAAAAGGUUGCAUUCUUUUAUUUUUAGUUGCCAUUUUUUAAAAUCUAAAAAUCAAGUUUCUAGCCCUUAUGACUGAUUAGCUUGGAAGUCAUGUGGGCAGCAUCCCGGAAAGCUGAGAAGCUAAAUGUGUAUGUACUGAUGAAAUAGAAAAAGGUAACUCAGUGUACAAAGUCACUUUUUAACACACAUGUGGCUGUGCUGUAUUGCAAAUCAUAGAAUUGUAGAGUUGGAAGGGACCCUGAGGGUCAUCUAGUUCAACCCUCUACAGUGCAGGACUCUUUUGCCCAAUGUGAGGCUCGAACCCACGACCCUGAGAUGAAGAACGCUAGUAUAUGUCACCGCAGGGUGUGGAAGAAGAGAGAUCAAAACCUACAGGUGGAUUAGCGGGUGGUUUGUGGGUGUUUAAUAACAGGGAUAACAAAAAGCUGGUUUCCCCCACCCCUUGUCUAAAUUAGGCUGUUAGAAUCUCUGGUCUGUAGUAACUCAGAUGCAGAUUUAUGCCUGCAGGUGCAGGUCACUCCAGUGUCUGGCAGCAAGUAGAUGUUUGGCUCCUCCCUGCAAGCUACCAUUUCCCACCUAGCCCCGCCCCUGCUGUGAUUUUGCACCUGGCAGGGAAAUUGCAGGGCUCCUGCCUUGGUGUGUCUCGGUUGAAAGGCACUUCCCUUCCCAUCCGUAGCAAAAGGAAGAGGAGGCAGCGAUGGCAAAGGAGCAAGCAAAUGGGGAAAGCAAGCACUUUCCAACAAAAGUGAGGGGAAAGGUGGCCACAAUCCUGCAGCCAGCUAGUAGGAGAUGCCAUCUGCCAGCGUUGAGUCAGGGAAGGCUUGCGUUACUUUCUUGUAGCACGCAAGCGGCUUAGAUCUUGGCAGAUCUUAGGAAGUUGCUUUUUGCAGAGUAGGGUUAUUAGGCAGUGAAUGAGGGACAGCCGCCUUUCCCCCUCCACAUACAACUGUCCUUCCCAUAGGGGCAUUUUCUGGGACUCAGAAGGGUCGAGCAAGAGGCUCAUUGUAGCUUGAAGCAGCCGCAGAGCUUGUCCCAUUUUAAAAGGAAAGGGUUUAUGUUCUCUCCUGCCACGUCUCAGUGGGAAGCUACCAGGGCCCCGACAAAAUUUACAAGAAUUCAGUUACAGUGGUACCUCGGGUUAAGUACUUAAUUUGUUCUGGAGGUCCAUUCUUAACCUGAAACUGUUCUUAACCUGAAGCAGCACUUUAGCUAAUGGGGCCUCCUGCUCCUGCCGCGCCGCCGGAGCACGAUUUCUGUUCUCAUCCUGAAGCAAAGUUCUUAACCCGACGUAAUAUUUCUGGGUUGGCGAAGUCUGUAACCUGAAGCGUAUGUAACCUGAGGUACCACUGUACAAGAAUUCUGUGUGCAGGCUAUGGCAACUCUUCUCUUUUGCAUUUUCAGCCCCUAAGUCACCUGGGGAGAAGACCCGCUAUGACACGUCGCUCGGCCUGCUAACUAAGAAGUUCAUCCACUUGCUCAGUGAGUCGGAGGAUGGUGUGUUGGACCUGAACCGGGCCGCUGAGGUGCUGGAUGUCCAGAAGCGGCGCAUCUACGAUAUCACCAAUGUCCUGGAGGGGAUUCAGCUCAUUCGGAAGAAAUCCAAAAACAACAUUCAAUGGAUGUAAGUGCGUUGGGGAGCUGGGAGCAGACCCAGUGCCUUAGCUGCUGGACCCCUGGUGAAAAAUGACAGCUAAGGGAAUUGCAGCCUUGCCCAGUGAGGUUGGCAGGAUACGACAGGGACAAGAAUAAUAACCCUCCCCUUUCUCCCCAAAAGGGCUAGAAACAUUAUUAGGGAAAUACAUUACGCCAUAAUUGUUUUGUGGGUAUGUGCUGUUACUGUCGUUUGAGAAAGUUAUCAGCGGGUGCCAUAUUUCAAUAGUCAUCUAAGUCUCACCCAAUAUGGCAAUCUUGGUUUGGACAUAAUCUACUUUUAGGUGUUCUUUUUUUUUUUUUUACACAGUUGACCAAAUUUAACCAACAUCCUUCUAAGUCCAGUUUUGUUCAAAGAGAGCACACAACUAGGUCAUCGGCGUAAAGCAGAAUGGACACUUGCCAAGAGUGUGUUUGGUCAAUUUCUCUACCAACGGCACUGUCCAUACCAUUUGUCUCUUUAGUGAAAGUUGCAGAAGAUCCAAGUUUUAACUUCUUUUUAAUUACAAUCGUACCUUGGAAGUUGAACAGAAUCCAUUCCGGAAAUCCGUUCAACUUCCAAAACGUUUGAAAAUCAAAGUGCUGCCAAUUGGAAGCUGCGGAGGCCCAAUAGGACAUUCGGCUUCCAAAAAUAGUUCGCAGACCGGAACUGUCAUUUCCGGGUUUGCAGCGUUUGGGAGCCAAAAUGUUCAAGAACUAAGCUGUUUGAAAACCAAGGUACGACUGUACUGGUUCUAACGUACAUUCUAUGUAAACUGCUUAGCGCUUUUGAUGAUGAAGUGGUAUACAUUAAAUCCUGUUGAAGAAAUUAACAUAAUGAUAAAGUUGGUUCUCGUUUGAAUGCAGCAAAAUGCAGUUCUGCGCUCAUUCAGUGUCUCUUUUGAUUUGCUACCCAGGGGGACAGGGAUUUUUGAGGACUCCUCUGUGGCAACGAAGCAGCAGGUGUUGCGGCAGGAGCUGACGGAACUGUCUAAGACCGAGAGGAUGCUGGACAAGCUCAUCCACGAGUGCACACUUCAGUUGAAGCACCUGACAGAUGAAGAAACAAAUCAGAGAUAUCCUUUAGAGGGCCAGGAGGUUCUGGAGAAGUUGGGUGGGAGUCUGGAGAGCUGGCUUCUAUCCCCAGUGAACAAUGUAGCUCAAUGUGGCUCUCAUGAGAAUUGUUGGAUUCCAGCUUCCAUCAGCCCCAGAUAGCAGGGCGUCAAGGGUGCUUCCCAGCUGAAGGAAUACUCAUGGCAGAUGGUUAAGCCUUUAUUGUCAAAGAUAACACUUACAGUCACUUCUGCAGCUCUGGAUACCUAUGCACCCCAAUCCAGUUAUUUCUGGGCCCUCACUCUAUAGAGCAGUAGCAUCAACAUGGGUCCACUCCCCUCCACCAGUUUAUAUAUCUUUCCUUGAUGGGCUGCAUUCAUGCAGUCAGAGACUGUGCCUGUGUGGCAACUUCCUCUGCUCAACCCUUUUCAGUUCCCUCCUGGUUCUAGGGGACAGUGGUGCAGGAGAGGGUGGGGAAGCACCUGGCCCUUCACUUGCCUGAUCUGCCUCUUCCUCGUCUUCCGACCCAUCUUGUGCAGCACUGAAGUUUCCCCUGCCUCUUGAUUCUUGCCUCCUGGCUGGUACAGGUGCCCACAGAUCACUGUGUCACUCUCCUGAGUCAGACACCAGCCCUCUUUCCUCCAGGGCAGACUCAUAGUCCCCAAUGCAUUUGCCAGGCAUGAUGGGAGUUGGAGUCAUGCUACAUCUAGAGAACACCAUGUUGGCUUACCUCUGCCUGAGCUGAUUCUGGGUACGGGUGCCUGGUGUUUUCUUUAACUUCUGCCCUGCCCUACGCUAGCAUAUGUCACGUAUCAGGAUAUCCGGGCCAUCAGCAACUUCAAUGAGCAGACGGUGAUUGUGGUCAGAGCCCCACCAGAAACCCGGCUGGAGGUGCCAGACGUUUGCGAGGUGAGAUUGCAAGAUUGGGUUGCAAGAGUAUAAAUAAUGUAAGAAGAGCCUACUGGAUCAGGCCAAUGUCCCAUCUAGUCCAGCAUCUUAUUUUCAGUGGUUCCACCAAUUGCCAAUGGAAAAGCCCUCCGGCAGACCUGAGCAGUUUCCAGCAACUGAUAUUCAGAAGCAUCCUGCCUCCAGCUGUGGGGCUAGAGAUAUCCCUCAGGGCCAGUAGCCAUCAAUUGCCUUAUCCUUUAUGAAUUUGUUAAGCCCCAUUUUUUUUCUUUCUUUUAUUAAUGUUCUUAUGUAUGUAUACAUUAUCAUAUUACAUUACAGGGCAUAUUAUAAUAUAAUUUCCAACAUGUAUACAAAGUUUAUACAGUGGUACCUUGGGUUACAUACGCUUCAGGUUACAUGUGCUUCAGGUUACAGACUCCGCUAACCCAGAAAUAGUGCUUCGGGUUAAGAACUUUGCUUCAGAAUGAGAACAGAAAUUGUGCUCUGGAGGCGCAGCAGCAGCAGCAGGAGGCCCCAUUAGCUAAAGUGGUGCUUCAGGCUAAGAACAGUUUCAGGUUAAGAACGGACCUCCGGAACGAAUUAAGUACUUAACCCGAGGUACCACUGUAUACCAAAUUUAUGUACCUAAAGAUAGAAAAAAAGAAAAGAAAAAAGACAUAAAGCCAUUUCAAAAUAAUAUUUGUACCAACACUACGGACUUCCUGUCAAUCUCGUAUAUUCUUUUUUUUACAAAUGAAUGUACUCUUAUUAUUGUAUAUUUCUUUACAUUGUAUCUAAUAUAUUCCUAUAUCAAUAUGUACCCUUAAUCUUGUUUCUCAACUCAAUUUCUCUCCAACGUCAAUCGAAUGCUAGCAUAGAUAGCGAACCUUUACUAUAUUUUUGAACAUAUAUCUUAUAUCUAUCCCAUUUUCCCGUAAAUUUUUGUUUUGAAUUUCCUCUCAGCCUAUUUGUCAACUGCGCCAUUUCAGCAAAUUCUUGUAGUUUAUUAUGCCAGUCCGUUAUUGUUGGGGCUUCUUCUUCCUUCCACCCCUUUGCUACCAAAGUCUGGGCUGCAGCCGUUGCAUAUAAAAAUACCUCUCUAAAGGCCUUCAGGAUGUCCCUGCCAACAAUACUCGUUAAGCCCGAUUUUCAAGCCAUCCAAGUUGAUGGCCACCACUGUCUCCUGUUUUUUUGCCUGCCUCUUGGUAGCAUUAGAAUACUAGAAUUGUUGAGUUGGAAGGGACCCUGUGGGUCAUCUAGCCCAACCCCCUGUAAUGCAGGAAUCUCAACUAAAGCAUCUGUGACAGGUGGCCAGCUAACCUCUGCUCGGAAACCUCCAAUGAGGGAAGAGUCCACCACCUCCCGAGGAAGUCCAUUCCACUGUCAAACAGCUCUUACUGUCAGAAAGUUCUUCUUGAUGUUUAGUUGGAAUCUCCUUUCCUGUAACUCAAAGAGUGGCUUCACAAGAUGAGAGCUAGCAUAGCAUUAGUGGGUAAGAGACUCCUCUGCAUCGGGGAGUCCUGGGUUCAAAUCCCACAGCUGUCAUGAACUUACAAGGUGACCCAUAGGCAUGUCACUUUUAUUUCAGCCUCAGUUUCUCCUCCUGCCCUCUGUAAAUGCAGAAUAAUAACGCUCGCCUACAUUGCGGCAUGGACCCUAUUACCAUGUUAUUGACAGCUUGAUAGGGCCCUGUUUCCUAAGUAAAACGUAGCCUGGUAGAACAUAGGAAACUGUCUUGAACUGCCUAUUUGUCCAACUACCCUAAUACUGUCCACUCUGACUAGCAGCUUCUUCCUGGGUAUUUAAGCCUUCCGCAUGUAAUGUGGCCUCCUGGGGGAGGGGAGGGGGGGUGAUAGCGUACCUUCCUAGCCUCUGGCCCAGAUCUCAGUGAGUUGUGUUUGGCUUGGUAGGUUGCAGGUUGUUCUCUAGUCUCACACUGCUUUCCUCUUUUCUGGCCAGGAGAACGUCCAGCUGCAUCUGAAAAGCAACAACGGCCCCAUCGAGGUAUACCUCUGUCCUGAGGAAAUCCUGGAGGAGAGCCCAGCCAAGGAAGGCAGCUUCCCUGCUCCAGCACCCCAGGAGAGCAGCAACCCCCCGACAGUGAAAGGUAAAAUCUUAGGGGUCUGGAUAACCAAUGCCUUGGCACUUUUGCACUAGUGGAUUGUAUUUUGGUUUCUGCAAGGUGUCUCUGCAGACACCCCACACACACACCUUUCCAGCAAUGCCCCCCCCCCAAACUGGCUUGUUUGCUUGUCUCAGGGCGGAGCACCCCGGGCCAAAGCAUCCUUCCUUGGGUCCCUUCCUGCUUAACCCAGCAGCAGUACCCAGCAGUUGGGUCUUGUGGCCACCUUUUUCAUUUCCUACAAUGGCCUGCACUGUAGCUCCCGAAUCUGCUGCGAUGCUAAACAAGGCAAGACAAGCAGACGGGUUACGAGUCUCCAAGGAACUCUUGCCUGAUAGCAGAAUCCGCAUACAAAGUCAGACAGUCUAGAGAUCAGGGAAUCCAGAUGGUCGCAGAGCCAAGGGUCCAGAUGGAGAGCAGGAAGCAGCAAGGUAGGGCCAGGAACUACAAGCAUUGUUUCUAGCACCUGACUGUUGCUGGAAGCUCUGCUUCAGAAGGCUGAAGCCAGCUGGUUCUCAGCAGUGCCUUCUCUGAGUCCUUGAAGGCUGAUCAGCUGCUGGUGUAGUCACUCUGCCUUCUCCCCCUUCAGGCUGCUGUUCAGCAGGCAAGGGGGACUACUGGCCCAUGACAAUUACUGCCUUCGAUCGUGGAGACAGAACGUAGCCAUCAAAGUCAGUAGCCAUGAACUUGUCCUCCUAUGUAUUAGUCUGAUCCUCUUUUAAAACCAUCCAAGUUGGUGGCCAUCCUUGCCUCCUGUGGGAAGCAGUGCCAUCAUUUAUGUGCUGCAGAAAGAAGGACUUUUAUCUGUCCUGAAAUCUUCAGCUUCACUGGAUGUCCACCAGUGUCUUGAGAAAGGGAGAAAGCCUUUUCGCUCUCCAUUUUCUCCAUGCAAUGCGUAAUUGUAUAAACUUUUCUCAUGUCACCUCUUGCCUAAAAAAGCCCCCAGUGCUGCGACCCUUCCUCAUAGGGGCAUGGUUCCAACCCCUUGAAACUGUUGGGGCUCCCUGCCGUCUGCUUCUCCCAAUAAUAAUAAUAAUAAUAAUAAUAAUAAUAAUUUUUUAUUUAUACCCCGCCCUUCCCGGUUCAAAAACCGGACUCAGGGCAGCUAACAACAAAUUUAAAACACUUAAUUGUAAAAGCAGUAUAAAAACAUAAAUAACAAUAAAAUUAAAAAUUCAAUUUAGGGGAAUAAGCAUUAGAUAAUCCCCAGGGCUAUCUGGCUGAAUUGGUCCUACUUGGGCCAGCGAGGAGGCCAGGGGAGAAUUAGCUGUGGGGUCUCAGAGCGGGUAAUCUUCAUAAAAGGGGAGGGGGAGGGAAGAGAAGGGAAAUAAAAGAUCAGGCUGAGUUCAAAUUAAAGGCCAGGUAGAAUAGCUCUGUCUUACAGGCCCGGCGAAAGGAGGUUAAAUCCUGUAGGGCCCUAGUCUCAUGGGACAGAGCAUUCCACCAGGUCGGAGCCAUCACUGAAAAGGCCCUUCUCCCAGUGGGUACCAGCCACCACUGCUCCCUUCUCUUUCUGUCUUUCCCCAGUCGAGACCGUGAAGACUGAACUGCCCAGCUGCCUGAUGGAAGGGGAAGACGGCUUCCUCGAGCUGCCCCACCACCUCCUGCAACAGACCGAGGACCAACUCCCUUCCGCUUCCUAUGGUGACGCGGGGCCCUUUGUCACCUUCUCCCCUCCCCUCGACCAGGAGGACUACCUGUGGGGGCUGGAGGAGGGCGAGGGCGUCAGCGACUUAUUUGAGGCCUACGACUUGGGCGACCUGCUAAAGAACUGAGCCCCAGGAUCCCCAGGCCCUUCUCAUGGUGCUAAUUCCCUCCACUCCAGAGCCUCGGGGCUUUUCUGCCUUGGGGCACCUGCUUGCAUUUGGGCCCCGUGGAACCUGGCUGCCAAGACCUCCACAAGCAGCACUCCGAGAGAUCCUUAUUCAUCUCAGGCUUUUCUGAAACCGUCGUGGACGUUGUGCGUGACACUCCCCCCCUUGAUGCAAUGAGAAGUGCCAACAGCUGCCAUGGGGGGGACCCCCCUCCCACCCCUUUUCCUUCUGCAGAGGUUACAAGCUGGAUGAUUAUCCCUCCACUCCACUCGUGGUGCCAGCAGCUAGAAUAGCCCAUGCCUGUGACUUUUCUAGGGACCCUUGAAACCUUAACCCCAUGAUGCGUCCUUGUUUUGUUCCAAUUUCUCACCGAGGCAGAAAUGGUCUAUUUAGGGCAGUAUCAGUAGCACCAGGUGUGAUUCUGGCUGGCAAAGCAACUGCGCUAAUCCCAGCAGCAGGAGAUGUGCAAGUGAGCUACUGCUGCGAUUCCUCUCCAAGUAUCAGUCCUGUGGCACGAUGUGUCUGAGCUAAAAGCCCAUCCUGGUGAAGCCGAUUAAACUUGAAACUUCCUUUCCAGUGCGCUCUGGUAUGAAGCUGCAAGGUUGCAUGCUUCCUCCUGCGAAUGCACCAUGUGAUGUUCUCAAUCUGAAAUGAACGGCUGGGGAACCUGUUGGACUGCAGCUCCCAUCACUCCAGGCUGGCUGGGGCUGAUGGGACUUGUUGUUGAAUACUGGGAGGACCACAGGUUCUCUCCUGUAUCAGGAGGGUAGGGGAAGGUUUCCUUUGUCUCCUACGGUAGCUAGAACAAGGUGAGGUUGGCUUAUUUCUUGCAGGCUGAGUUCUAAGCAAGCCUUGCACAUCCCUUGCUAAGACGUCUAUGGAGAGGUUAAGCUGCACUUUUUGGACUUAAGCCAUGCAAAGGGAUCUGUCCUCUUCAUUUCCAAGGGUAGCCUCAUCCUUAGAAAUGGAGCCAUUUCUGUUUGGCGGAACCCUGCUCCUUGCUUCAGAUGGUUCUGCCUUGGGCAAAGCAUUCUUUCUUCCGCUAGAGUUGUCUGACCCCUCCAGACGUUGUCAGACUCCAACUUCCACCAGCCCCGAUCAGCCGUGUUAUUGAUGAGGGAUGAUGGGAGUUGGAGUCCCAGCAACAUCCAGAAGACCAGAGGGUUCCGCAUCCCUGCACUGUAGCCCCCGUCCCAAAUUUAGGUACUCCAGAGGAUGUAAUCUCUUGUCAUUCAUAAUCGCCAGAUGUAGUAGCUCACCUUGAGGUGUUGGAGGAGCUCAGCUGGAAAGAUUGGAACCCUUAAAGCAGGAUUGGGGUACCUUUGGCCCUCCAGAUGUUGUUGGACUCCCAACAUCUGGAGAGGACUGCAGAUUCCCCAACUCUGCCUUAUUGGUUCACUUCAAUUUUAAUCUUCAACCUCACCAUUGUCACCAAAUCCUCCUGCCUAACAGAGCCUUAUUUCUUUGUAUUGGGGCUCGCCAUCUUUGGGUAUCAAAUUUGGCUUAGUAAGUGAGCGAGCAAGGCCUUUUCCUAAGCUUUUCCCAUCCAUGACCAAGAAAUAUAAAACGGGGAAGCUCUUUUGGCUGGACCCACUGCUGUAGGAGCCUAGGGAAGCUUUGGAGUUGCAUAGAGUUUGCCUGGCAAGCACAAAACCUUGCUGGUUCUUCUAACUGUGUUUGUUGCCCUCUAAAAGUUGAUGUCCUGCCAGUUCUAGUUUUUUUAAUAUGUCAUUGCAGAGCUAGACAAGACACAGGCCAGUCCCUGAAAAGACCAUCUUUCUCUUCUCCCCAGAAACGUUUAGUGAAAGACUCUGAACAUCACAUUAUGUGGGGAGUUUUCCCACCUUCGCUUCAUGCAUUGUCAGCUGCGAGUGUGAAAUAGCAGCAUGAUGAACCAUCAAGCCCAAGCAUCCAGUUUCUCUAGAUGAUCUAUGAGAGAAAGUUGGGGUGCAAUUUAGAUGCAUCAUUCUUGAUGACUGACCUUGCUGUCUGGGUCUGGUAGGAGCGGUGGUCCCAAAACAUCUGGAAUGGCCACAGGUUCCCCAUCUCUGCUAUAGGGGAUGUGUACUGUCUCAGGGAACAAUGGUUUCAUUUGUUCUGAUGCUCCUGACCAAAUAACAUGCUGCCUUUGGAGGUGCUGCUGCUCUGAACUGUUCCUUAUCUCUCUCUCUGUCUCUCUCUCUCUCUCUUUGUCUAUAACACACACACACACACACACACACAGAGAGAGAGAGAGAGAGAGAGAGAGAGAGAGAGAGAGAGAGAACUUCUUUGUGGAAUGAAUCGAGAGUCUUGGAACCAAACGUUUUGCUUGGGUAUUUAUGGUAAGUGACAGUGCCUGACCGUGGAGAUUUGGAAACACUUCUCCUUGCAGCCUCAUUUACUCUGAAUCCAGGAUUGCAGGUGUAGUCCUUUGCUUGGAGGUCUGUCACCAUGAGUGCCAUUCAUUCUAGAGAGCUGUUCAGGGAGAACUGGGCAGUUGAACUUACAAUGGAGAGUACAUAGCCAUCCGCCAACAUGUCUGGUGCGUGCCUGAUCUUCAGAGCACAAAUUGCAUCCCAAUUUGAACAGAUCCUCAGUCUCACAUACUCCUUGUCCUCAUGGUGCAUAACACCAAAUUCCACGAAUAAGUUAAGCUGGUCUUUAAAUCAUAGGAUUUGAGCCAUGAGUUUGCCUCCUGAUGAUCACUUCUUCCAUGGCUGAAUUAGGCUUAGUUUUUACUGGGGCAGCAAACCUGCAUCAGGUCUAUAGCACUUCAGGCUGCAGGAGGAAUUUGCAUAAUACAUAUUGUUCUCCUGUGUUUAUUUUUAAAUGUUCCUGCAUGUGAAAAUGGGGUGUUAAGGGUGUGGGCCUGCCCUUCUGGCAUGCUAGUUUUCUGCUUGCAAAGACUUGUUUUGUUGUUGGAGCAUCAGUUCAUGGCAGUCCCCACCAGCAGUUUGCCAUGUUGAAAUGUAGGCGGAUGGAAGUGCAAUACCUCAGUAAGGACUAGGAUUUUGUUGUAGCACUAAAUAAUCAAGCAAUAGUGUGAAGGUGUGGAUUGCAAGAAAGUGAGACUGACUAGUUGCUGCCUUGGAGUGUGUGGUCUGCUGCUGAUAUCUGCUGUUUCCACUAGCAGGGAUCAGCUUGACACAGUCCUUGCAUGACAACAAGUGUGUUGAGUGAAUGCAGCCCUCCUUUGCAAAACAUCUUUUCCUGAUACAGCACAUUAAAAUAUCUGGAAAGUGCUCCAUUCCCUAAUUCAUUAGGGAAACAUAAAAAGGUGAAAAUUGUGCUUUGAGGAGAAGAUUUCAUGUACAUUAUUUAUCUUUUUCAGUGAGUUGUUUGUUCCCUGCAACUACUGUAAAGAAAGAAAGAAAGAAAGAAAGAAAGAAAGAAAGAAAGAAAGAAAGAAAGAUGGGCUUCAUCCUAAGGUGGCCCAGCCAAUCAGGGCUUACUUUGCAUUUUGAAAUCACACCAUCAUGUGACCAAAUACACCAGUUGCGUGGAACACCAUUCAGUUCUUAGUACCCUCCCAAAUUAACGGGACACAGAGCAUGAAUUCAUCCUGGAUUCAACCACUGGGUUGCCAGUUGCCAACCUCACUUUAAACUCUGAUAGCUCAUUAAUUUGGUAUAGAUUAUUUUGAGGCUUGUCUGGAAAGCUGGGGGUGGGGGGGAAUGGGCAUGAAAGUCUUAGGUAAGAAAUGCCACAGUGCUGUUUUUUGGGGAGGAGGUAUUCAUUCCUUUUCUGCGACAGAAGGACACUUAAGGGCUAUGUGUUAUAUACCUGUUUGAAAAUAAGCUUUUGGAACUGAAUUGUCUUAGUUGAUUUAUUUGCAUAGACGAGGUUCUUUACUUUGUACAUAGCAAAAUGAGUUGUGAGUUUGGAGCUUCAUCAACCCUUCUGGGAUACCAAAUUUCUGCAGCAUUCAGUUGCCUGCAAUUGUUUCAAAACGUGGUUUGGUGUAGACCUAGCACUUUCCAGGUGUUUUGAACUACCAGCACAGUUGUUGUCCAAAACAUCUGGAGUGCACCAGGUUGGGGGAGGCUGUUUUCUAGAAUACUUAUUUCUCCAUGUUCCUGUUUCACUGGAUGGUGUUGGGGUUUUUUAACCAGUUUCUGAAUCUAGAUUGUAAUACGGGUUGAGCAUGCGCCAACAAUGAAAUCGCAGCUCAACUUUAGUCUUAAUUCACCAUAUGUUCAGAGAAGAGGGAGGCCUGUUUUGAUUCUUCAGUGCUUCCCCCUGUGUACAAGGCCUUUAACAUGUUAUUUGGGCCCAGCGUUGUCCCCGGUCCUGUCUUAAAUAUUGUAAAAAGUUGUAUAUAAUCAUUGCACUGUAUUUAUAAUGGAAUCCCUCUUUGACACUGUUCUGCUGUGUGGCUUUUGUUUGGGACUGAGUAUUUAAAGACUUCUAGGUUUUCUGUAACUUUUGGCCUGGUGGGUGGAGAUGUAUGUGAGGGUUUUGUUUUGUUUUGUUCUAAACUUGAGGCACUUGGUGAUGUGUGUUUUGUGAACAACAGCAAAAAGAAAUAAAAUGUUUGAACCAAGCAGG